AUGUACGAGACGAAGUCUCCCGUACUCAAGGAGAUUUUGGAGGAGGAUGUGUUCCCCGCUGCCGUGCCCCCCGGCCCGCCGGCGAGAUUCCCAGCUGAUGUGGAUGUCGCACUGGAUGCUUCACUGGCAUCGUUGGCAACGCUGCCAGAGGCAACACCGGCACCACAGCAGCCAGAGACACAGGAGAAGCCCAACUUGACCACUGCUUUCCAAGAGGCAGUGGAGCGGCUGGUCACUGUGCACAUCACGGAGCUGGUGGAAGCACAGCGUCGUCACUACGAGGACAUGCCGGGGGAGAGCUCGCGCGGCCUGGCACCCAUGCGCAGCCAGCGAAGCGCGCUGCCCACCAUGCGCAGCUCCGCGUCGCGGCUGAGCAGCGCCACCAGCAAGACCUCCUCCUUGCGGCACCGUUCCAUCCGCGAGAUUCCGGCGGUGGAGGUCUUGGACAAGCUGGAGGAUCAGAAGCCGGUCGAGAACCCCCUCUUCGGGAAUCAGAUGUUGGAAGAUAUGCUGCAGCAGAUGAAGGACGACGAGCUCAAGUCCCGCUGCAACCGCGAGCCCAGCUUCGAUGCUGGGCACCGGCUAGCGCAGCUGCGUAGCUGGCUCCAAUCCAGUCGAUUCGAGGUCUUGGUGACCUCCCUGCUUUGCGUGCAUGUCUUGUGGAUGGCCCUGGAAUUGCAGUUCUACGGUUCGCUCACCGGGUAUCGCUUAGGGAUCUUCCCAAGCUCCAUCGUCUCGGAGGAGUCCUGGCCGGUCUGGGAGCAAAUCUUUUGGAUCGGCGACAUGGCUUUCACCACCAUCUUUACUGUGGACGUGUUCUUUCGCAUCAUUGUUCUCCAAGGAAAAUUUUGGAGGGUGUGCAUGAACUAUGUGGACGUCCUAGUGACCUUGACUUCAUUGAUCGAAGUGGCCUUCGUGGCAUUGGUCUUACCUAUGAAUCCUACUUUGUUUCGGUUGUUGCGGAUUGGCAAGUUGGCGCGUGCCCUUCGGAUGGUCACUAUGACCAGCGUUUUAUCAUCACUUCAGCUGUUGAUCAAGUGCCUCUCCGCCUCCCUUGACAUGUUGUUUUGGACGUUUUGUUUGCUGACCUUCCUGCAAUGCGUUGCUGGCAUGGUGGUGAGCACCCUUUGCCGCGAGUACGUGAAUGACCUGAACCAGGAUCUCAGCAAGCGCGAAGAAGUCUAUAGGUACUACGGGACCUUCUCCCGGACUUUCCUGACCAUGUUCGAGAUACUUUUUGCGAACUGGAGCCCUCCCUGUCGUGCACUCGUGGACCACGUCAGCGAGUGGUUCUCGCUCUUCUUUUUGGUGUACCGCUGCAUCAUCGGCUUCGCCGUGCGCCUUGGAGGCAGCGAAGCCAAGGUUCAUGGACACAGCCCUUAUGCAUGCUGUUUGAGUGCCCUAGCGGUGCCCUAG